CCCUGACCGGAAAUCGAACCACGAUCUCCUGGAUCAUAGGUUGAUGCUCAGCUGUUGAGCCACACCAUCCAGGUUGUACUGUUCAUUUUUAAUGCCUGAGUCACAUCCCAUUGAGUGGCGAUGAUAUAAUUAGUUGAUUCUUCCAUUUCUUCAUGACAGUAGUUAAUGCUUUAGAUUUAAAGCUUUAAUUUUAUUUAUUUUUUCAGAUUAUUUCCUUAAAGUCUUUGAAAUAGAAAUGCUGGGCAAAAGAGUAUCACCAUUUCUUGGGUUCUUGAUACAUACUGUUAGAUUGUGAUUUUUAAAUUGGACUUAUUUGAGCUUUAUUUUCUCCUUUAGGUAUACUCGGGAUAAUAACGUUCUAAGCCUAGAACAGAGAAAAUUUUAUGAAGAAAAUGGGUUUCUUGUCAUUAAAAAUUUGGUAUCUGAUGCUGAUAUUGAACGCUUUAGGGCUGAGUUUGAAAGAAUCUGCAGACAGGAGGUAAAACCAGCUGGAUUAAUGUUAAUGAGAGAUGUGACCAUUGCACAAUCCAAAUGUGCUCCAAAUGAAAAAGUGAUUACCAAGGUCCAAGAUUUCCAAGAAGACGAAGAACUCUUCAGAUACUGCACUCUCCCUGAGAUUCUGAAAUAUGUGGAGUGUUUCACUGGACCCAACAUUAUGGCCAUGCAUACCAUGCUGAUAAACAAGCCUCCUGAUUCUGGCAAGAAGACAUCCCGCCAUCCUCUGCACCAGGAUCUGCACUACUUCCCCUUCAGGCCCAGCGAUAGCAUUGUUUGUGCUUGGACAGCCAUGGAGCACAUUGACCGGAACAAUGGCUGCCUGGUGGUGCUCCCAGGCACACACAAAGGCACCCUGAAGCCUCAUGAUUACCCUCAGUGGGAGGGGGGAAUAAACAUAAUGUUCCACGGGAUCCAGGACUAUGAUGAAAAUAACUCCCGGGUGCAUCUAGUGAUGGAGAAGGGAGACACCGUUUUCUUUCACCCUUUGCUCAUCCAUGGAUCUGGUCAGAACAGAACUGCAGGAUUCCGGAAGGCAAUUUCCUGCCAUUUUGCCAGUGCCAGUUGCCAAUAUAUCGACGUGAAGGGUACCAGUCAAGAAAACAUUGAGAAGGAAAUUUUGUCGUUAGCAGAAAAAUUGUAUGGAGUGAAAGAAGGUAUAAACCUGAAGGAUAUUUGGAGUUUUCGAGGACGGCUUGUGAAAGGACAAAGAGUCAGCCUUUGAAACAGCCCUUUGCUAUAACUCUUUUAAAGAAAAUCAAAAUUAAACAAGGUGUCUAAGGAAAUAUUUUCUUAAUGAGAUGACAUAAUCUUUUCUAUCACUUGUUAACAAAUCAAAAUGCAUGUAUCAGGUACUGUCGCAUGUGGAUAGUUUUGCAGUUCAGCGGUGUUGCUUUCAUGAAUGUAAAAGCAGUAAAAGUGAAACAGUAUUGUAUUAAGGAAAAUGAAGUUAGGGCUGCAACCAAAUAAAGGUGAUUUCUGUAUCAUUUAA